AUGGCUCAACCACCCUCCACUCUCUUUUUCGAUUGCGUCGUCGUCGGUAGCGGUAAUGCGGGCUUCUGCGCUGUACACUCCGCUGUGGAAAACGGUUGCUCGAGGGUCCUAAUAGCUGAUACAUGCCCUGAAUCAUGGGCAGGAGGCAACAGCUACUUCACUGCCGGAGCGAUGCGCACCGUUCACGGCGGACUGCAGGACCUGCUUCCUCUUGUUAACAACGUGCCUCCAGAAAUGAGGGACAAGAUCGAUCUUGAUCCCUACACUUCGGCCAACUACACGAACGAUAUCAUGCGCCUGGGACAGAACAGGUCAGACCCCGCGCUCGUUAAAGCUCUCGUGGACGACUCUAGAGACGUCAUCGGCUGGCUGAAGGAACACGUUGGCGUGAGGUUUAUGCUGUCCUUCCAUCGACAGGCAUACGCCGUGAAUGGGAGGCAACGGUUUUGGGGCGGUCUGCAUCUGAGCACGGAGGACGGCGGCAAAGGGCUGAUCGAGGACCAUCGGAGGAAGGCCGGGGAAGAAGGUGUCGAAAUCUGGUUUGACAGUCCUGCAAUCCGUCUCAUCGUCGAAGAUGGCGCAGUGAAAGGGGUCGUCAUAUCCUGUGCAGGCGUCGAAACUCCCAUUCGCGCCACAGGUGUUGUCCUAGCUUCAGGUGGGUUUGAAGCCAACCCCACCCUGCGAGAAAAAUACCUCGGCGCGGAAUGGAAGGAAGCGCGGGUAAGGGGAACGCCGUACAAUCAAGGUGACGGGAUCCUCCUCGCCUCGGCUGCUAACGCGGCGCACUACGGCGACUGGGCAGGAUGUCACAGCACGUGCUGGGACGCCGCUGCUCCCCGAGACAGGGGUGACCAGGUCCUCUCGAAUCAAUUCACCAAGUCGGGCUAUCCUCUCGGGCUGAUGGUGAACGCCGAUGGGAAGCGGUUUGUAGACGAAGGCGAAGACAUGCGAAACUACACCUAUGCCCGGUUUGGGAGGAAGAUCCUCGAGCAGCCGGGGGGUAUCGCUUGGCAAGUGUAUGAUGCUAAGGUCGUCCCCCUGUUAAGGAAAGAAGAGUACGCAGACGAGGUUGUGCGCAAGAUCCGGGCUGAGACGCUCGACUCGCUCGCGGAUGAACUCGUUCAAGACGGCCUGCUAGACCGGGGCGCUUUCCUGCACACGAUAGAGGAGUACAACGCCGCCCUGGAGAACGUCCCUAACCCUCCAGGGUUUAAUCCGGCGAUCAAAGACGGCCUCUCGACCCAAUCUGAACACGGAGGGCUCCAACUCCCCAAGACGAACUGGGCACAGACGGUCGACAAGCCCGGGUUCGUCGCAGUCAAGGUCUCCUGCGGGAUCACAUUCACGUUUGGAGGGUUGAGGGUGGACCCGAAAACGGCGGGGGUCUUAGACGAGCAGGGGAAGAGGGUGGAGGGGUUGUUCUGUACGGGUGAGAUGGUUGGAGGGUUGUUUUAUUCGAAUUAUCCGGGCGGGAGCGGGUUGACCGCCGGUGCCGUAUUUGGACGAAAGGCAGGAAGGGAAAUUGGAAAGUCGGUCACCAAAGAGCAUUCACAGUCUCAAUAA